CACCUUUGGCCCAAAGUGUAUUUUCCUUGAAUUUCUGGUCUUUGGGGUUUUCUCACUGGAAUGCCUCUCGUAAUGCUCCACCUGUCUAAAACUUGGCUAAUCCACGGCGAUCGGACUGUCCGGCGAAGUGAACGCUGAAGCUAAUGAUAUCUGUGUUUCAGAGAUCUCCUAUUGGGAGGAUUGAAUGAAAUGGGAAUAUUCAAGAGCAGUUUUGUGUUUAUGAUUGGGACUGUGUGUGGAGUGUAUAUUGCUCAGAAUUAUGAUGUUCCCAACAUAAAGAAGGUUGCCAAGACAGGGAUAUUUAUGGCUAAGCACAUUGAAGAGAAUUACAGGAAGCCAAAGAAGAAAGAUGACGAUGAUUAAUAGUUUACUCUAGACUUGUUGCUGCAACCCAGGUUCUUCUUCCUCUUCUUUUGUCUUUAGAGUCGACAGCUUUCUGUAUUGGUGCUGAUGUACUAAAAUCAGUUCUUUGUGUUAUUUAUUUAUUUUAUUUUUUUAGACAUUAUAAUUGUCAUCAAACCAAAUACCAUUUUCGAUUGAGAUUUAAUAAUGUCCAUUCAAUUUGUUUUGAAAA